AUGCAUGGCGCCGCUGUCGCACGCAUCGACUCGUUCUGCAUCUCCCUCCCACUCUCGACGUCCCUUCCCGUCCGUCGUUAUGCCGCGCCUCCCCUCCGUGCCACUAAAUCCGCCGCUAUUGCCGCCGUUGAAGGCGCCGGCAACGCAGUCAAAUUAGCUGCUUCCCUCCCGCCCUUCCCCUCCCCAUUCCCCGCAUCCUCCCCCUCAUCCUCCGCCGACGCUUCCGCCUCUUCCGCGUCUUCCGCCGCCCCAGCUUCCCCGCCUCCCCAGAGCAAGCGGCAGUACGCGAUCGGCGCGCUGCAGCAGCUGCCCGCCGUGUCGCCCGCUGCGGAAAUCAUCGGCACGGCGCUGCGCCGCGCCAAGCACGUGCGCGCGAGCAGAGGCAUAAUGAAUGCAGCGAAGAGGGAGAGGAGCAAAGGCGCGCAACAACUGGACUGCCUCACUAAGGAGAUCAGCGGUCCACUGGGUCGCUACGUGCGCCUCUUCCCCCGCCGCCCCCAGCUGCACCCCUUUGAGAGCUGCCUGGUGGAGCUCACUUUGGGCGAUGGGGUGUAUGAAGAGGUGCUGUCUCGAGUGGACGCCCUGCGCAAGAGGGUGCUGGACGUGGGCAAGAACGCUGCCAGCCUCGUCAACAAGACGAGCACAGUGAAGGAGGCGGAGCAGGCCACAGCACAGGGCAUGGCACAGGUGGAGGAGCUGUACACGCGCAACAGCCAUGUCGUUGAGAGGCUCAAAGAGAUCACCAAGAGGCUGAGAGCCAUACCGGUGGUGCGGCCGGACCUGCCAACGCUGUGCCUGGUGGGGGCGCCCAACGUGGGCAAGUCAUCACUCGUGCGCGCCAUCUCCUCUGGCAAGCCCGAGGUGUGCAACUACCCAUUCACCACGCGGGGCAUCAGCAUGGGGCACUUCUAUGUGGAUGGCAACAAGCACCAGGUCACAGACACACCAGGCCUGCUCUCCCGCCCUGAUGAGCAGCGCAACAGCAUAGAGCUGCUCACCAUCGCAGCCAUCACCCAUCUGCCCACUGCUGUGCUUUUCGUUCAUGACCCCUCAGAGGAGUGCGGUGUGAACCGGUUGAAGCAGUAUCAACUGUACAGCGAGAUAAAGACAAGAUUUGCCGACCGCGUGUGGAUCGACGUGAUAUCCAAGUGCGACCUGCCUGCUGCUGCUCCCACGGAGGAGCCUCCAGGCGGCCAAUCAGAGGAGGCGGAUGGGGAUGGAAGAAGUGCGGGCCUCGCAGACUUGCUUCCAGAGGGGGCGAGUGAGGAUGGAAGGAGGGAGGGCGAGGAGGGCAUGGGCUCUGGUGGAGAGGCUAGUGAUAUUACCGAGGGCAGACACACAGGCGGCAGCAACAGCAGUGAUUCGGACAGGAGGGAUACAGCUGCGGUGCUGCUGGGUGAAGCCGAGGCAGUGCGGGAAGCACAUGGGGAGGAGAAGGCGGAAGUAGCGGUGACAGCAGCAAGCGUGGCGGCGUGGGAGGAGUACAAGGCUCACGGUGGGCCUGCUGCCGCCCUGAGAGUGUCAACUGUGGCGGGUGUUGGCCUAGCCUUGCCUCUUCUUCCGUUGCUGCUCCAUCCUCUACAUUUUUUUGCAUCUCUCUCAUCACGCCUCCCCCCUCAUCACGCCUCCCCCCUCAUCACGCCUCCCCCCUCAUCACGCCUCCCCCCUCAUCACGCCUCCCCCCUCAUCACGCCUCCCCCCUCAUCACGCCUCCCCCCUCAUCACGCCUCCCCCCUCAUCACGCCUCCCCCCUCAUCACGCCUCCCCCCUCAUCACGCCUCCCCCCUCAUCACGCCUCCCCCCUCAUCACGCCUCCCCCCUCAUCACGCCUCCCCCCUCAUCACGCCUCCCCCCUCAUCACGCCUCCCCCCUCAUCACGCCUUCCCCCUCAUCACACCUUCCCCCUCAUCACACCUUCCCCCUCUUCACACCUUCCCCCUCUUCACACCUUCCCCCUCAUCACACCUUCCCCCUCUUCAUGCUUUCCUCCUCAUUCCCUGCGUUUCCUCUCAACAUGCUUCCCCCCCCAUGCACCCUCACCCGCCCCUGUGCCAGUUGAGGCGAGGGAGUACUCUCCUCCCUCUUUCUUGUUGCCUGCUCAACAUUCUUCAUCUUCUCCCCCCUUGCACUCUCACCCAACCCUGUGCCAGUUGGUGA